UGCCUGCGCCUGCCUGUGCCUGUGCACUGUGCCUGCCUGUGCUGCCUGUGCCUGCCUGUGUGCCUGUGCCUGUGCCUGCCUGUGUGCCUGUGCCUGCCUGUGUAUGCCUGUGCCUGCCUGUGUGCCUGCCUGCACCUGCCUGUGUGCCUGUGCCUGCCUGUAUGCCUGCCUGUGCCUGCGCCUGCCUGUGUGCCUGUGCCUGCCUGUAUGCCUGACACUGCCUGUGCCUGUGCACUGCCUGUGCCUGCCUGUAUGCCUGUGCCUGCCUGUGUGCCUGUGCCUGCCUACAUAUGCCUGCUGAUGUGCGUCCCUGCAUGUGCCUGCACGGUGUGCCUGCUGAUGCCUGCCUCCUGCCUGUGUGCCUGCGCCUGCCUGUGUGCCUGCGCCUGCCUGUAUGCCUGGAGUCUGCCUGUGUGCCUGAGCCUGCCUGUGUGCCUGGAGUCUGCCUGUGUGCCUGGCCUGCCUGUGUGCCUGAGUCUGCCUGUGCCUGCGCCUGCCUGUGUGCCUGGGUCUGCCUGUGUGCCUGCGCCUGCCUGUGUGCCUGCCUGUGUGCCUGUGCCUGCCUGUGUGCCUGUGCCUGUGCCUGCCUGUGUGCCUGUGCCUGCCUGUGUGCCUGCCUGUGUGCCUGCGCCUGCCUGUGUGCCUGGGUCUGCCUGUGUGCCCUGGAGCCUGCCUGUGUGCCUGUGCCUGCCUGUGUGCCUGUGCCUGCCUGUGUGCCUGCACCUGCCU